AUGCCGCGGAUGGGCGACUUUUUUCGAAUCGCCGAGCCUGCGGAAGGCUUUCUGAGAUUGGUUUUUGCUGGUUUAGACUCCUCUUACCCGGGGUCCGAGGAGAAGCCAUGUCCGCACUUCGCCUCUAGUCACAGCUGGUUUGACGGCGUCAGGCGGAGGACACCAAACGACGAGAGCCACGUUUUCGUUCCCGCGGAAGCUUUUGAAUGCAUGCAGACUCAGCAAUCUACGAACGCCGAUAACUUGGCUCUGCCUCGCGUUGUACGACGCUGCGCCUACAACUGCUGA